AUGCCUUCCAAGCGACUCAAGCGCGAGUCUUCGUCUCCUUCAGCAAGUACUGCCAAGAAGGCAAAGACGUCCAAGACAAACGGUUCAUCGGAUGCUUUGCGCCGACCCCAUCACAAGGCCAAUGAAGCAGAGGAGAACGGAAUUGCGAUUCGCAAGUUCUACCCACCGGAAAUGAGCAAUGCGCGAGCUCGCGCCUACAAUGAUAAUCAGAUCCCUCGCCCAAUUGAGCUUCUGAUCGACGCCCUCGAGGUCACGGCAAAGGAGCGCAAAAGUAUCGAUGUCAACAAAGCGGUAGUCCAUUGGUUCAAGAUGGACUUGAGGAUAUCCGACAACAGAGCUUUGGCUUUGGCUAGUGACAAGGCGAAGGAAGCGGGCGUCCCCCUGAUCGCCAUGUACAUCAUCAGCCCUCAAGACUACGAAGCUCAUCUACGAUCUCCCGUGCGAAUCGAUUUUAUGUUGCGGACACUCUCAGUCAUCAAAGAAGACCUUGCAAAGCUCGACAUCCCACUCUAUGUGGAGACAGUUGAGAAGAGGAAGCAUCUUCCAGAUCGAAUACUGGAACUCAUGGAUGAAUGGGGCGCCAGUCAUCUGUAUGCCAACAUGGAAUACGAGGUGGAUGAAUUGAGGCGAGAAGCUGCCAUGAUCAAAGACUUUGCUGAGAAUGGUAAAGCAUUUGAAGUUGUCCACGAUACUUGUGUCGUCCCUCCUGGAGAGCUUCAUACUGGUGCUGGAAAACAAUACGCAGUGUAUAGCCCUUGGUUCAAGACAUGGGUCGCCCAUAUCCACGAGAACCUCGAUCUGCUGGAGCUGUACGAACAACCCGAGAAAAACCCAAGCAGUGCGCGCAAAGACUACAAGAAGUUGUUCGAUGUUGAAAUUCCUGAAGCUCCCAAGAGCAAGCGACUCGGCGACGAAGAGAAAGAGCGUCUACGCUCACUGUGGCCGUGCGGAGAGCAUGAGGCAAAGAAGCGCCUGGACAAGUUCUGUGAAGAGAGGAUCUCAAACUAUCAAGAGAAGAGGAAUAUACCGGCUGAGGCAGCUACUUCUUCCAUAUCAGUACAUCUGGCCGCCGGAACUAUCAGCGCGAGGACAUGCGUGCGAACUGCGCGCGACAGAAACAAAACCAAGAAACUGAAUGGAGGUAACGACGGUAUUCAGACUUGGAUCAGUGAAGUUGCCUGGCGCGACUUUUAUAAGCAUGUUCUGGUUCAGUGGCCAUAUGUUUGCAUGAAUAAGCCUUUCAAACCGGAAUACUCAAACAUUUCUUGGUCAUACGACAAUGACCAUUUCGCCGCAUGGUGCGAGGGCCGGACAGGUUUCCCAAUCGUUGACGCAGCCAUGCGACAGCUGAAUACCAUGGGCUACAUGCACAACCGAUGCCGCAUGAUUGUCGCUUCGUUUCUGGCAAAGGACCUUUUGUUGGAUUGGCGAAAGGGUGAAAGGUACUUCAUGGAGCAUCUUGUCGAUGGUGAUUUUGCCUCGAACAAUGGCGGCUGGGGUUUCAGUGCCAGUGUUGGUGUCGAUCCUCAACCGUACUUCCGCAUUUUUAAUCCCUUAUUACAGAGUGAGAAGUUCGACCCUGAGGGUGAUUACAUCCGCAAGUGGGUUCCCGAGUUGAAGGACGUUGAGGGUAAAGCGAUCCAUGAACCUUACAGUCGAGGUGCUGGACCCAAAGCCAAGAAGAAUGGUUAUCCUCAACCUAUUGUCACACACAAGGACUGCCGGGAACGAGCACUUGCUGUUUAUAAAGAGGGACUUGCAGUCGACGAGUGA